AUGGCUCCAACAUCUUGUUCUGACCUCCCAGAAGAGCUGCUGGAGAGCAUCUUGAAGAAGCCAACAAAUGUCGUUAAUCUUUACAACUGCCGCUAUGUGUGUCGUUCAUGGCGGUCCGUCGUCGACAAGGUGUUAGCGUCGACACCUCCGCACCUACUUGUCUACGAAAAGCAUCACAGAAUGGUAAGAAGCAUAAGUUUCGUGAAUGUUUUCACCGGCGAAUCGCGCGUUUGUAGACUUCCGAAGUUAAAGAAUGGUAAUGGGCAGACCCGGUUUCCCAGUAGCGUCUACUCCUGGCAUCGUUGGGUGGUAAUGGAUUUCAUAUUCCUUCAUCAUAGAUACCCUAAAACCCUUCAUCAUAGAUACCCUAAAACCCUUCAUCAUAUCUUUCUCUAUAACCCAUUCUCAAGGGCUCGGAUUCGGCUCCCUGUUUUCAAAUUUAACUUUUUUGAUCCCUGCAGAAAACGCAAGUUCAUUGUGUCUUGUGAAACGAAAAAUCCAAGAUCAAUUGGUUUAGCUAUUCGUGAUGGGCGAUAUCUUGAGAAGUUGAUGUUCUGGAAUACAGGAGAUGAGGAGUGGACAACCUUCGUUAAGGAGCCGAUGCCCAUAGUUGAUAUUACAAGCUACAAGGGUGGAUUCUGUGUUCUUGACGGGGACCUCAAGUUUAUACAAUUUGACCAUGAGCAUGUUCCUCAUCUCAAAAUAACUUAUGUUUUAUCAAGUUAUUAUCAUCCGACUCAAUAUCUGGUGGAAUCGCUGUGUGGGGAUCUGUUGUUGGUUCAACUGAAUAUUGGGUGCAAGAUUAAAAUUUUCAAAAUGGAUUGGGAGAGGAAGGCGUGGGAUGAGAUCAAAAGCUUGGGUGAUGAAGCAAUUUUCUUGAGCUGUGCUGAAUCUGUGUGCAUACGAGCUGAGGACUCCACCAUAUUCAAACCUAAUUGCAUCUAUUUCACAGAUGGUGCCUUCAGUAUGCCAGUAGAGCAAAAGGAGUUGGGGGUAUACGAUAUCGCAAAUCAGACUGUCGGUUCAGUCGCUCUCUCUAUUCCUUUUGACGAUGAUGAACAAUGCUACCGAUGGUUCACAACGUAA